AACCUCCUCGUCGCACCCGGUCCCCUCGCCCCCGUCCUCGUCCCCCGACGUCGCCAUGCCGUCUCUUCGCCGCACCCUUUCUUCCCCUUCUGUCAGGUCCUCUCCCUACGCCUACCCCUCGUCCUCCGCGAACGCGAAUGUCCACGCUACGCGUGCUGCCAAUCCCCAGCCCCGCAGGUCGUCGGGUUCGGACACCGGCAGCCGCCGUGUUCUCGCCGACAUCGACUGGUGGCUCGUUCACGACACUCAGCGCGACUUUGUCGCUGACCCCGUGGGUACGGAGGAGGACUCGGAUGACCAGGGUGCGGCAGAGAACGUGCAGCUUCGUCACGGUGCGCCGAACGUCCUCCCAGAGGACGACGUCGCGAUCCCGCCCCCUGUGGCGGCCCCUGCCGCCGCUAUCAGCGCAGGCUCGGCUAUGGGCGGCUUCGAGGGCGACGAUCUCCUCUCAAGCCCCCUGUGGGACGUCUCUACGGAUGACGACUCGUUUGGGAUGGGCUAUCCGGAGUCCAUGUCGCCCCUGCCCCAAUUCGCGUCCCUCUCCGUUGCGCCACGGACACCCCUGCGUAGGCACGCGUCGGUAUCGUCGCAAUCGUCGGUCGAGAGCUCUCCAGCAGACUCGCUCUUCACUCUCCCGACCUACAUGGACGUCCUGCGGCCCGACAUGCCCGUCCACCCACCCGCAUUCGCGCCCAGCCUGGCACCCCGCCGUCCUACCAAUGCGCGCGCAUCGUCCAUGGUCGCGCGCUCUGUGAGCUACUCCGCGGUUGAGUUCCGUCUGUCCACCUCCCGGUCUGGCGACGAUCGGUUUGGCGACAUCGUCCCCUCGCCCCCGCCUUUCUUCUCGUCUACAAUGGAAGACAACGAGAUGGACGACCUCUUUUACUGAGGUGCAUGCCGCGGAGCGCUCUCCCAAUGUGGACCGAUGGAGAGCAAGGUGUAAGAUCGCGGAUGAAGAAAAGGCGAAGGCCACAUCCUCUUGUUUCCCCUGGCUCAUUCUAUCCUCCCACCACGGGCCCUUGGUUGUCCACGCGGCCUCUCACAUUCCCACUUCCCCAAGGUCGUUGGAUCGCCUGCCACGCUAGCGCAAGGCACUGCGAGGUAGGCCAUUGAGUUGGUCGGCCCCGGUCCUCUUGCCUCUUGUCUGGCUCACAUCCCGCCUACUGUCCCACCACCACCCUUGUACGUCUGUCCUCUCUCACACCAGGCACCGCGCAGGCGGUUGCCGCGCAUGCUUCUCAUUCUCUCUCUACAUCAUCUCCCGGACAGUGUACUCUUGCAUCUUGUUUCACCACAUUUACACGCGCCGUUCACCGCCCCCCACUUCACGUUCACGUCCCGCGCAAUGCAACGUUCCGUACCACGCCCCACGUUCACGCCGCGGUCCCCGCCCGCGCCUCACGAGCCCACCACGUCUCCGUCUACGACGCUCACGCCCACGCUUGGCCCCCGGCCCAUCCGCGUCCCCGCUCUUGCUUUGCCCCCAGGACGACCGCGACGACGUGGCGAAAACUACGCGCCCCGGCUCCUCCUACCUGUUCUGUAGUUGUCCCACCCCCUGCGAUUACGCGUGCGCGCUCUCUAUUUGUUCUGAGCCCUCCGCGUCGGCCCGUACCUUGUUUGUGUUUCGUGUCCCGUGUCCGUGUCCCCCUGUCCAGUACAUGUCCGCUGCGCUUGUUUCGUGUUUCCGUUCUUCCGUGUCGUGAGAUCCACCCUCCCCACACUCUGUAACGACUAGACAUGCAUUCCUCUCUCGAUCGCCGCGAUCGUGCUGUCUCCCGCGUUGGUGCAUUAGUACUCGUUUGCUUUCCUGUCCCACCCCCUCCGGCGCGCACGUACGGCGUCCCCUCCCCCGCCGACGGCCCGUCCGAGCUUCCCCUCUUAUACGUGAUGAUGAUGAUGAUCCACUGCUGAUGACCUUUUUACGACUCUUACCUCCCCACCCAGUACCCCCCUACCCAACACUCC